CAUAAAAGAAUUCCACGACUCCACUUCCGGCUUAUAGGGGCGAACGUAAAGUUGACUGUAUGCCUAGUGUUGGAACCAAAAAAGAAUUAUCAUAGGCUACGUUUUACUUUUUUUUUUCUCGAAUUUAGCUGAGUUACAUCACAGCUCGUUAAAAUGUUGAGUACAAGCAUGUGGAAAUUGCGGGAACUUACGGACAAAGUUACCAAUGUUGUCAUGAACUACUCUGAUGUUGAAACUAAAGUGAGGGAGGCAACCAAUGAUGAUGCCUGGGGACCCCAUGGAUCACUAAUGAAGGAGGUUGCUCAGUACACAUUCACGUAUGAACAUUUCCCAGAAGUGAUGGGCAUGCUAUGGAAACGUAUGUUACAUGACAACAAAAAAAAUUGGCGGCGAGUUUAUAAGUCUUUAAUUUUGCUAAACUACCUGAUCAAGAAUGGUUCAGAAAGAGUGGUGACCAGCUCAAGAGAACACAUCUAUGACCUGAGAGGUCUAGAGAACUAUUCUUUUACUGAUGAACAAGGCAAAGAUCAAGGACUAAAUGUCCGACACAAAGUGAAAGAAAUUCUGGACUUCAUUCAAGAUGAUGACAGGCUCAGAGAAGAAAGAAAAAAAGCUAAAAAAACAAAGGACAAAUACGUGGGUGUUUCUAGUGAGGCAAUGGGAGUCAGUGGUGGAGCUUAUAGUGACCGCUAUGAAGAAGAACCACGGAGUUACAGAGAGAGGGGACAAAUGGAAGAAAUUGAGGACUGGGAAAGUGGCAAAAAGUCUGUUGUUAGUGGGGCUAUAGAUAAAGCCAAAGAUUUGUGGAACCGUGCCCAAGGAAGGCAAGCUCCUGAUGAAAUUGAGACUGAGCGCUAUGAUGAAGAUAAUUGGGAAAAAAGCCGUGAACCGAGAGAUCGUAAAACUGAUCGUUAUGAUUUUAAAGAUGAUGAUGAAGAGUACACAUCUGUAGAGAGGACCCAGACAACAAAAACAGAGAAAAUCACUACCAACAGAAGGAGUCGCUCCAUAGGGAAGAAGUUGGAGCUAGGAGCUGCCUCGUCCUUUGGCAAGGAAUCUGAUAGUCAGAGUCAAGCAUCAUCUACUGUAGGGGACCCAAACCUAUUUGACCUACCAGACACACAGGAAAGUUUUGCUGAUUUCUCAAACUUUUCUACUGCCACCACAGCUGAGGAUUUCAACCCAAGAGGUGGAAAUGAUUUUGGUGACUUUAUAAAGGUCGGAACCAGUGGGACCAGCGCAGUCAGCAGCCCAAGCUUUGCAGACUUUAGCCAGACCAGCAGUAGCCAGGCUGUCAAUGAUUUACUGGACGUCUUCGCAGCUCCUCACACCAGCCCUGCUGCUGUACCCAUCAUGCUUCCCAGCACCGCUAACAUGAUGUCUCCCACAACUGGAAUCAUGCCCAUGAUGGCCCCCAACACUGGAUCAAUGCCUAUGAUGGCCCCCAAUGCUGGAUCAAUGCCUAUGAUGACAGGUGUAAUGAUGUCACCAGGUUUGUCAAUGCAAACUCCUGGAAUAAAUGUUAUGCCUGGUAUGAUUCCUGGUACGCUGCCCAAUCUGAUGACCCAGCCCAUGAUGAUGCACCAGCCAAAUGUAAUGAUGGUGAUGGGGACUAGUCCAUCUAUGCAAAAAAACACAUGGUCAGAUGCCUCAGCCAAAGUCAACAUCAACCUGGAUAGCUUAAACCCUGCAUCCAAGCUGAACAAGCCACAAGGUCCAGCUUUAAACCAGAUGGCAGGACACCCACAAGGUAUGCUGUGGUACCCAGAUGUUUACACAGGCAUGAACCAGGGCAUGGCCAACCUGACAGGCAUGAACCAGGGCAUGGCCAACCUGACAGGCAUGAACCAGGGCAUGGCCAACCUGACAGGCAUGAACCAGGGCAUGGCCAACCUGAGCCUGCAGAGUCAACCCAACCUGAUGGGACGGCCAGUUAUUGGAAUGAUGCCUCAAGCCAACAUGGGAGUACAGAUGAUGUCAUCAUCAAAUAUGGCAGCUAAUGCUUCCUUCCAAAAGCGGACUGAUACAGCAUUUUCAGCUUUUGGAAAUCUGAAAAACUAAGGGUCCACAUUGUAUGGGGGGGGGGGGGGAUGCCUACAAACUCUGAGAGAAACAGACAUUGACUUGGGGACAGACACAUGCUUUUGUACAUCUAUGCACAUUUGCAAUGAUGCCACCAUCCACACAACAAAUCUAUCCGCGGAUCAUUGAUUGAUAGUUUUCUUUGUAACCCACACAGUUGAUGGUGGCCAGAUUAAUUGACUUUCAUUCCAUUAUCUCUGGCUUGAGCCAGACCUAUCUUGUGAUUGGCUACAGGGGAGCCACUUGUUACUGGGACUACUUUGGGCUGUGCAUAUCUAGUGUAAAAUAAAGGUAAAAAAAACA